GAAGUUGUUGGUAACGGGAAACGCGUCAUCAUGUGUAGCUUUUUCGCGCGUUUGGAGAGAGUUGGCGCGAGGAGAUAGGAGACUGUUGAUGCAAGAGACGGUUGUUGUCUAUUAUCAUUACAAGAUUUAAUCUUCGAUUCGCAGUAUUUUUGUUGAAAAUAUGACUGUUCCACUGUCAGAAGGGGCAAUUGAGUCCCUGACAAAAGGAAUUGAAGUCAGCAACCCUGUUCUGCAGUGUGUGAACAUUCGUAAGAUUGAUGGGGGAAAUGGCCUGUCCCGUUUCCGUCUCAUGAUGAGUGAUGGGCUACACACCAUGUCCUCAUUCAUGCUCUCCACACAGCUCAAUCCCAUGGCUGAGCAAAACCAGUUGGCCUCUAACUGUGUAUGUAUGCUGAAAAGAAGCGUCACUAAUGUUCUCAAAGAUGGACGACGUGUGGUAGUUAUACUGGACAUGGACGUGAUCAAGUCUGCUGACCAGAUGGCAGGAAAAAUUGGAGACCCAACUCCUUAUGUGGAGGGCCAGUCAAAGCCACAACAGAAUGCAGCUCCGGCUCCAACUGUACGUCCAUUACAGCCUCCGAAUGGAAGUGAUGGUUCAAUGAACAGACCUUCUGCUCAGAGCUUCGGGAAAAAGCCCAUGGCUGCCCCCAACACUCCUGGAGGCAGCUCUAAAGUCGUUCCCAUUGCCAGCCUCAAUCCAUACCAGUCAAAAUGGACUGUUAGAGCCAGAGUCACCAACAAGAGUGCCAUCCGCACAUGGAGUAACUCCAGAGGGGAUGGGAAGCUCUUCUCCAUGGAGCUUGUGGAUGAAAGCGGGGAGAUCAGAGCAACUGGAUUUAAUAACGAGGUGGACAAAUUCUACUCACUCAUCGAGCAGGGAAAGGUCUACUACAUCUCAAAAGGCACCCUGAAAAUUGCCAACAAACAAUUCUCUUCGCUUAAGAAUGACUAUGAGAUGACUUUAAACGGUGAGACAACCAUCAGCCCUUGCGAGGACAGCCAUGAUGUACCCGUGGUGCAGUGCGACUUUGUUUCCAUUGCUGACCUGGAGUGCCGGGAGAAAGACACCAUCGUAGAUGUGAUUGGAGUGUGUAAAAACACAGAGGAUGUGAUGCGCAUCAUGACCAAGAACAGUCGUGAGGUUUCGAAGAGGAACAUCCAACUGAUGGACAUGUCCGGCAGAAUCAUCCAGCUCACCAUGUGGGGUAGUGAUGCAGAGACGUUUGAUGGCAGUGGGCAGCCUAUCUUGGCCAUUAAGGGAGCAAGAUUGUCUGACUUUGGUGGGCGUUCUCUCUCCACUCUCUACAGCAGCACGGUCAUGAUCAACCCUGACAUUCCCGAGGCAUACAAACUGCGGGGAUGGUAUGAUAAGGAAGGACAUGCUAUGGAUGGACAGUCGAUGACUGAGUUGAGAGGACCUGGUGGUGGUGGUGGAAACACAAACUGGAAGACCCUGGCGGAAGUCAAGAAUGAGCACUUGGGACAUGGAGACAAAGUAUGUCAUCCACACAUUAAGAUUGUGUACCGCUGUGAGAAAUGCGACAAAGAGUUCCCCGACUUCAAAUAUCGUCUCAUGCUCUCGGCCAACAUUGCUGAUUUUGGAGACAACCAAUGGGUGAUUUGCUUUCAGGACAGUGCCGAAACCCUCCUGGGCCAAAACUCAGGUUAUCUCGGCCAACUCAAGGACUCGAACGAACCUGCAUUUGAUGAGGUCUUUCAGCAUGCAAACUUCAAUACUUUUGUCUUCCGGAACCGAGUGAAGCUGGAGACCUACAAUGACGAAUCGCGCAUUAAAGUGACAGUAGUGGACGCCAAGCCAGUGGACCACAGAGAAUACAGCAAACGGCUGAUCAUCAACAUAAGGAAGUUGGCUGCACAGUAGAAGAACUGACAGUGUUACACAGAACAAAACCCAACAAAGCCAUUGUGUGGAACUUUUGAGUUACUUAUGGUAUUGUGCGUACUAAUUGUAUAGCAUCUCUGAAUUCUUUUUUCCCCCAUUUUGUAUUUCAGUCAGUAAAUUUCACAAUAGCUUUUUCAAAAACUCCAAGAUCAGAUUAGCUUGUGCUGUUGUCCCCAGGGUUGACUGAUUGGAAAGGGCCUGAAGUUCUUUAGAAAUUGAUGACGUGUUUUGUGAAGUGAAGAUUGUAGAAGAGACGAAUUGAGAAAGAAAUGGACUUGGAGUUUGGAGAAUUAUAAAUCAGUGCACAUUCAGGAGUCUGCUGCUGUGAUUUAGGUCGGCUUGAGAAAAGUACAACCCCUGUCUCUGUAAGAAUGCCUGGACCAAACCUGCAGAACAUUGAUAAACCUAUUCACACUCUUGCUUACCAGGCACACACUGUAUUUAUAUAGAUAGAACAGUAUGUCUCUUAUACAAAUAAUAAAGCAGUUUGUGUUCUCGAGUCUGUUUGU